AUGGGUCCUCUUUCCAGCCUAGAGACUUUUUACAACUAUCUUUUUGCUCCGGCUUCAGCUCAUGCAUUUCAAUCCGACACCGAAUACCAAAAGACCCUGUCACGCGCAAAAAGGUUACAGAGUCAUCAGCACAGAAUUGUGUUCACUCAUGGAGAUUUUAAAGCGCACAACAUUCUUGUCGAUGAUGAUGGACAUUUAUCUGGGCUUCUCGACUGGGAAUCCGCAGGCUGGUAUCCUGAAUACUGGGAGUUUACUACGGCUAUGCGCUUUGGGAAAGAUAGCUGGUGGUUCCAAGUUGCCUCUUGGAUGGGUGGAAGACAAUAUUGGGAUGAGUUGGACUCCGAUGUGGCUCUAAAUCUAUUAACCGUCGACUCUUAUAUAGCCCUUUAG